AUGGGCGAGUUGCUCCUUUACUCGCUUGACCGAAGAAUUAAUUUAGAGCAGCAAAUUUGGCCGGCUCUAGCAGCUAACAAAGUUGUUCUUUGCGACCGCUACUUAGACUCUUCGCUGGUUUACCAAGGUUACGCGGGAGAGCUAGGGAUUGAACAAGUUUUGAAGAUGCAAAAAUUUAUCACCCGAAACACGUUUCCUGACAUCACCUUUCUUUUUGAAUUACCGCUUAAACAGGCAAAAGUUCGCACCCAAAGUCGUUCCAAACUUGAUCGUUUUGACGCAGUUAACCGUCAGUUUCGCCAAAUGAUUCACGAGGGUUACGACCAGGUGAGACAAAUGUUUGCCAACCGGUUUCACAUAAUUGAUGCUUCACGCGACCGAGCAAACGUUUUGCAACAAGUUCAAACCGUUCUUAAGAAAGUCUUAAAAUUAGACUAG